AACUAAUGACUUGCCAUGUGGAAUUUGUGUGGUGAGUUUUUCCAGCUCUUGACUCAGUGUGCUGAAAAAUAUGGGGAUGUUUUUCGUUUGUGGGUUGGACAACGACCAUUCGUCUUCCUCUACCGCGCUGAAGCUGUCCAGCCUAUUCUGAACUCCAGUCUGCACAUUAAUAAAAGCUACGAAUACAGUUUUCUGUUGCCUUGGCUCGGAACUGGGUUGUUAACAGCCACUGGGGAGAAAUGGCACUCAAGGCGGAAGCUUCUGACACCAUCAUUUCACAGUCAUAUUUUAGAGGACUUCCUUGAACCAAUCUACCAGGAGAGUCUUCUUCUGUGCCGACGACUGCAGAUGGAGCUGGACAAACCGUACUUCAAUAUCAUGCCAUAUGUUAAACUUUGUGCCCUCGAUGUCAUCUGCAAUACUGCAUUGGGAACAAACAUGAAUGCACAGAAAGAUUCAAACAGCGAAUAUGUGAUUGCUGUUGACAGACUGUCUGAAAUUCUUCAGAGGAGAUUCAUAACUCCGUGGCUAAAACCAGACUCAAUAUUCAAGAGAUCAGAAUUUGGGAAAAGACAGGCACAGUGCCUUAAAAUAAUCCACGAAUUUACAAGAAAGGUAAUUAAUGAACAUAAGCAGGAAAGGAAGCAACAAGAAAAUUGUGUUUCAGAAAAUUCACAGUCCGCUGAAAUAAAGAAAAAACGCCGAUUGGCAUUACUGGAUCUACUGCUGGAAUUUUCUCAAGAUGGCAGCGUACUGUCAGCUAGUGACAUCCAAGAAGAAGUGUCCACUUUCACGUUUGCAGGGCAUGACACAAUAGCAGCAGGCGUUGGAUGGUGCCUUUAUGUCUUGGGACACCACUUGGAUGCACAAGAGAAAGUUGUUCAAGAGGUGAGGAAUGUGAAGGAAGCCGGAGGAGGAGAGUGGCCUACAAUAAAGCAGCUCCAGAAACUCAUUUUCCUUGAAAGGUGCAUCAAAGAGGCAAUGCGCCUGUAUCCUGUAGUGCCACUUAUCGCCAGAGAUAUAAAGCAACCCGUGCAAAUAUUUGAUCAUGUGUUGCCACCAGGAGUCACAGUGUUGGUAAACACGUACAUUUUACACCGAGACCCCAGAUUCUUUCCAAAUCCAGAUAUUUUUGACCCAGACCGUUUUCUUCUUGAAAACUGUGAAACAAGGCAUCCAUUUGCUUACAUUCCAUUUAGUGCUGGGCCAAGGAACUGUAUUGGUCACAGAUUUGCAACACUUGAACUUAAAGUGAUACUUUCAACUAUCUUGUGUCAGUAUAUGGUGAAGUCUGUGGACGCUGAACGGCAGCUGAACCUCAUGGGGGAGCUAGUGCUCCUGAACAAAGAAGUUCCAUUUGAUGAAGAUGAUAAGGACAAGUCAGUUUGGUUCCUUGAUCAUGACUACCUUGAAAACAUGUAUGGCAUGUUUAAGAAAGUCAAUGCAAGAGAGAAGAUAGUUGGCUGGUAUCAUACUGGACCCAAACUGCAUCAGAAUGAUGUUGCUAUCAAUGAGCUGAUAAGACGAUAUUGCCCAAAUUCUGUUCUUGUCAUCAUUGAUGCAAAGCCUAAAGAUUUGGGCCUUCCCACAGAAGCUUACAAAGCAGUUGAGGAAGUCCACGAUGAUGGUUCUCCAACUUCAAAAACGUUUGAACAUGUUCCGAGUGAGAUCGGUGCUGAGGAGGCAGAGGAGGUCGGUGUCGAGCAUCUUUUACGGGACAUCAAAGACACGACUGUUGGGACACUCUCACAGAGGAUAACAAAUCAACUGCUAGGUCUCAAAGGGCUUCAUUUACAAAUACGAGAUAUCAGGAACUACUUAGUGCAGGUUGUUCAAGGAAAGCUACCAAUUAACCAUCAGAUAGUUUACCAGUUGCAAGAUAUUUUUAACCUUCUUCCUGACAUCAGCCAUGGUAAUUUUGUCGAGUCGCUGUAUGUAAAGACAAAUGAUCAGAUGCUCGUCGUGUACCUCGCAGCCCUCAUUCGCUCCAUUAUUGCUCUUCACAACCUAAUUAACAAUAAGUUAACAAACAGAGAUGCCGAGAAGAAGGAGGGUAAAAAGGAUGAGGUGAAGGAUAGUAAAGAGAAGAAGGAGGAGAAGACAAAAGAAGAAAUAAAAGUAGAGAAGAAAUAGAACUCUUUUUGAAAGAACAGUGCUGAUUAAGAUUUUGAGUAAGCACUUUUAUUGUAAAUUAAACAUCUCACAUUAAAUAUAGUAAAUCUUUAUUCAAAAAAACUUUUGUCUGUGACGCAUAAGGAAUAAAUCGGUGCUUUGUGAAAACAAACUGAUUCUAUGGGUCAAUAAUAGACUGAAAUGUUGCAAACAGAACAUAACUUUAUAUUUAAAUAAUAA